AUGAGAGUAGUGCAGAAGAAUCUUGUAUACGUAAUAGGGCUAAGUCCAAAGAUCGCAACAGAGGAGAUAUUGCGAUCACACGAUUACUUUGGUCAGUAUGGCAGGAUUGCUAAGAUUGUCGUUAAUCGACGUAAUACAACAUCAUCUAGCACUCCUGGUGUUCCAACACCACAACCAAGUGUUGGCGUCUACAUUACGUACUAUCGGAAGGAAGAUGCGGCAAAGGCAAUAGCUGCAGUAGACGGUAGCAUGUCCGAUGGGAAAGUUCUAAGAGCAUCGUAUGGUACCACCAAAUACUGUACAAACUAUCUACAAAAUACGAAAUGUCAGAAUCCUACAUGCAUGUAUUUACACGAACCGGGAGAAGAGGCUGACAGUUAUACAAAGGAAGAUCUGGCUUCAGUAAAGUAUCAUUUGAAGGAUCACGUGAAUGAAAAAGAUGCACCUUCGAAGGGACAUGCCAUUGGCAAAGUAACAUCUGCACCUUCCUCCUCAUUCCAUGUAAAGAAAGAGCCACCUCAUCGAGUAUUUGGACCAGAUCACGAUAAGACUAAUCAUGAUGAUAAAGAUGAAGGCAAACCGUCAAGUGUUGAAAAUACUCCAGUACUCAACAAAUACUCCAUGCCUACGUCUAAUUCACAGUCACAACCAUCCACUCCUCACAAUUCUCAACACCCUCCAUUUUCACAACCACCACACUCAUCACCCCCAACACAACCUUACCAGAGACCAAGACGAGCUGCAACAAUAGAUGUAUUACCAUCCGCAAAGUCAUCAACAAAGAAGUCUACUGAACAGCUAACAAACGCGACCCCAGUAACCCCUCCCCCCGUAAAACGAAAAGACACAGUAGAAUUAGGAAAACAGAAACAGCUACAAAUACAACAACAAUCCGGUUCUAUACAACAACAAUCCUUUCCUUCACAAACCGAGCAACCGAAAAAAGAUAAAGCACAGCAACAAACAGAUAUAUUAAAAGAUCCGGCAUCAAACAACUCUAAUCCACAGACACCUAAAUACCCAACUAAGCAACCAACAAUCCCUGACUUUGAUCAAGUCUUAUCUGCACUGAGUGACGGAUCGUUCACGUUUGCUUUAAAUAAUGGAACAGUGGAUGAAACCGUAACAGAGAUUAAAGAAAAAGAUGAAGAUAUCGCGCUUUCUACUUCUGAAGCUGGAGUCUCAAGGAUAGUGUCUCCCCCGCCAGGUGUUGGAUUUGGUAGAACUGAUACAGUUGGAAGUGCAAUUAACAGUGUACCUGAUGCCGAAUAUACUCAACCAGCAUUAACUCCAUAUCGAGGACUAUUUAAUCCAUUUGCGUCCAAUGAAGAUAAACGAUUUGAUCCAUUUGCUGCUAGUAAUACUCAAACACAGAUAGCAUUACCAACCGAUUCCACAUCUAAUCAUAAUAAUAUAUUAGGGUCACCAUCUACGCAAUCAACUACCAAGUCACGACAUGCAUCUCGUUUUGAUUUUGCACAGGACGAAAAUGACACAUACUCAAUUUCCGAUCCACUAUCAAUGAAAGACUUGCAAGAGGGUUUUCGAGCCUUGUUUCCCAAUGUUAAUGUUAGUUUCGGUCCAAGUGAGACGCAUUCGGACUUGGCUUGGACUAACACGACAGACACGCCUCUCAAUACACCUCGUCGUAGAAAUUUCACAGCUCCGCCAGGAGUACCAUUACCCAGUCCAUUAACUCCCAUACAAUCAUUAAAUUCGACUAAUACGACCACACAGUUAGAUUCUCAUUAUCAACAGAGUCUGAUGAUGCAAGCCCAUCAACACGUAAACACCGGAAUGAACGCAACAGCGAAGAUACCUCCACCGGGAAUAUAUCCAUCAACGACGAGGAUGGAUUAUGAUGUGAAUACCGGAUGGAACACAGCGUCAGGAGCGCCGUGGAACAUGGAUGAAGAGUUCUUACCACGACCAAUGCCUCAUCAAGAGCAGCAGGCAUUUGUGCAACAUGGAAUGCAAAGGUCAUCUAAAGAAGAGGCUCAAGAUUUCUUUGGAGCGUUUUUGAAGGCUGCAUCUGUUAAUUCGAAUCCACAUGACGAGACGCAGAAUGAGGCAAUGUACAUGCAUUUGCCACCUAAUCGAUCGGUUACAUUGCCCAAGGAAACACAUACGACGGAAACUGUUCCUAGCAUGUCAUUCCAAGACCCAGCAAUCAUGUCUGUGCGCCUAUCUAAUCCGCCUGAUUCACCAUAUCGGACACCCAGUACCUCAGUUGUGCCUCAGCCCCAUCAACAACUCCCUACUAUCGGGGGCCAUCGUUUGAGUUCGCCAAUGAUGCACACAUGGAACGGUACGAACAGUCUCUCGUCAAAAGUUGCGAGGGUCUCGACCGAAGAUUUCGAGAAGCAAGCGGCCAAUGCUCAAAGACAAGCUGAACUACUAGAACAUCGAUUGAAGACGGUCAUUAAGAAGACUGCGCAUCAUCUGCCGGACGCAUGGAAAUUAGAUUUAGUAAUGGAGAAAGAUGUAAUUGAUAGUAUUUACUAUUUAGUUGAGAAGCUUCUAGUAGAUGACGCAGACAGAUGUGGUGCUUCACCACUUCGAGACGCUUCACUCGUGGCCGAGUGUCCUGUUCGGCGAUGA